UACAGCGCAAACACCAUAUAUUAUUUGUUUGUAGUAUGUGGGCGCUGGGGUGUGAGCUGGCAUACUCCCUCUGUGUUCUCUCUACAGGCUUCCCUGUGGGUCUGUCCCCUUUAUUUGGCCGGUGUAAGUGUGUCGGUACUACGUGUCGACAUGGCUGAGUGUUCCUCCCCGGAGGAAGUUACUGGGGGUGCAGAAAAAGAUUUGGGAUUGACUCUGUCGGCACAGCCGACUGCUGAUUGGGUGAAUAUGUUGAGUACACUGAAUGCAAAUGUGGCUUUGAAUGCAAAUGUGGCUUUAUUGUCUAAGAGGCUGGAUAAAUCUGAUUCUCAGACACAAACAUGGAGGAAAUCCAUGGAGGACGCUUUGUCUCAGGUACAGACCCCCUCAAGGUCACAUAAACGUUCAGUUGCCCAGAUGGCAAGAUACUGAUACUGACAAAGACUCGGAUUCCAGUGUUGAUUUCAAUGAGGCUACUUUACACCCAAAGGUAGUUAAGAGUAUUCAGUACAUGAUUGUGGCUAUUAAAGAUGUUUUGUAUAUUUCUGAAGAGCCCCCUGUUCCAGAUAAGAGGGUUUGUUUGUAUAAGGGAAAAAAGCCUGAGGUGACGUUUCCCCCCUCUCAUGAACUGAACGCUCUUUGUGAAAAGGCUUGGGAGUUGCCUGACAAAAGGUGGCAGAUUCCCAAGAGAAUUUUGACGGCAUAUUCUUUCCGCUCUGACAGGGAGAAAUGGGAGUCGUCUCCCAAUGUGGACAAGGCUCUAUCCCGAUUGUCCAAAAAGGUGGCGCUUCUGUCUCCUGACACGGCUGCCCUUAAGGAUCCAGCGGAUCGCAAGCAAGAGACUACAUUGAAGGCCAUUUUCGUUACUACUGGUGCAUUACUCAGACCUGCUGUGGCGUCGGCGUGGGUAAUCUGCGUCGUCCGUGAUAUAACCAAAAGGAUGCGGCGAGGGAUAUUGGCCUCUUGGGAUCAAGAGCCAAUGCCAUGGCGGUCUCGGCCAGGAGGGCGCUGUAGAUUCAUCAAUGGAAUGCUGAUGCCGACUCCAAGAAACCUAUGGAAGCUCUUCCUUUUAAAGGUAGUGUCUUGUUUGGUGAUGGCCUUGCUGACCUGGUGUCUACCGCUGCUGCGGGUAAGUCAUCUUUUCUUCCUUAUGUUCCCACACAACAGAAAAAGGCGCCCCAUUAUCAGAUGCAGUCCUUUCGGCCUAAUAAAUACAAAAAAGGAAAGGACUCGUCCUCCCUCGCUUCAAAGGAUAGAGGAAGGGGGAAAGAGGUCACCUGCCGUGCCUGGUACCCAGGACCAAAGGUUCUCCCCCGCCUCUACCAAGUCCACCGCAUGACGCUAGGGUUCCCCUGCGGGAGUCCGUGCCGGUGGGGGGCCGCCUCCGAUUCUUC